AUGGUGGUUAGAGUGUUAUUAGUUGAAGCCGACGAUUCGACUCGGCAGAUUAUUGCUGCCCUUCUCAGGAAAUGCAGCUACAGAGCAGUUGCUGCAGUUCCUGAUGGCUUAAAAGCAUGGGAAGUACUUAAAGGAAGUCCAUGUAACAUAGACCUUAUUCUAACAGAAGUUGAGUUGCCAUCGAUCUCUGGAUAUGCGCUUCUCACCUUAAUCAUGGAGCACGAGGCCUGCAAAAAUAUCCCUGUAAUAAUGAUGUCGUCACAAGACUCUGUUAGUACAGUUUAUAAGUGCAUGCUGAAAGGCGCGGCUGACUUUCUCGUCAAGCCCAUCAGAAAAAACGAGCUGAGGAAUUUGUGGCAGCAUGUAUGGAGAAAACAAGCUUCGAGCACUGGUGCUGGGCUUGGACCUCCAGAUGAGAGUGUACAACAAAAGGAUGAAACUACUGAUGAGAAUAAUGCUAUUAGUAACCAUUCAAGUGGUCACGUCUCGUGCAUUCAGAGAAAUAAGCAGUGCACCUUAAAGGGAAGUGAUGAUCAGAGCUCAUGCACAAAACCGGAGUUGGAGACUGAAGGAGAAGAGAUCGAAAAUGGCUAUUGCACCUCACAGCAACAAAAAGCUAUGGAAGAAUGUCAUCAAGAAAGUAUGGAAAAACGAGCAUAUGAUAACGAGAUCAAAGGUAUACAUAUAUAUAUAUAUGUUCCUAAUGGCUUCCUUUUGGGAGGCAUAAAUGCUGAGAACACCCGUGCCCUCGAGAAUCCUUGUAGAGAAGCCAUUGAUUUAAUCGGUGCUUUUGAUAAUCACUCGAAGGGAAAUUUCACAAGUUCCCCUCCGAACGCAAGUGCAAACAAAUUCGACAUUUUUCCCUUAUUAGACCUCUCCUUGAGAAGGCCUCAUAACAGUGACCCUCUGAAUCCACCAAAUGAUGAACAGCCUAGAUUAAAUUUAAACCAUUCGGAUGCAUCGGCCUUUUCUAGGUACAUAAACAAGCCAUCAAAAGAUCAAGAAAAUGCUCCCGAAAAAAACCACGUUUUUAUGCCCUCAAUCCAGUUAGGACCCCAACAAAUCACAUUCUCUUACUCUCACUCUCAGAACAAAGAAAUAUCUCUUCCGAUCCCAGUCAAAGGCAUAAGAUUCGAAAAUGCAAACAGUGCCUAUAAUAAUUCCAUUAUACCUUCACUCUACCGCGCCCAAUCAGGCUCAUCCUCACUAUCGAGCCCAAGCACGCCUCACCACACCGAAUCAUUCCCACAGUCAAGCUUAUUUUACCACCUAUCAGAAAAUCAGCCGGCCAGUUCUCAUCAGCAGGUUAUUAUAGAUCAAAAAAACAUUGGUAAUUCAGUUGUUGAACCGGAGAAUAAACCGGAAAAUGUGGAGGGUCAGCAGGGGCUCGUUUCGUCUGGGAAUGACGAGAGUGGUAAUAGCAAUUUAUGUAAUGGCAAUACGAUCCACGUCAUCAAGGGCCCUUCAGAAUAUGCCGGUCAUGAAGAGAGCUCACAUGUUCUUGAUGAGGCCUCUAAACGGUCCAUGCAGAGAGAGGCCGCUUUAAAUAAGUUUCGUUUGAAGAGGAAAGAUAGAUGCUUCGAGAAGAAGGUGAGAUAUGAAAGCAGAAAGAAGUUGGCCGAGCAGCGUCCGCGCGUAAAAGGACAGUUUGUUCGUCAAGUGUCGAAUGAUCCUUCGUCUGGGAACACAUCAGCUGCCUCUCUGAUACUUCGACCUUCAUCCACACCUCCGCCUCCGUCUGCCUUUGAUAAUCGAGAUCGACCUUCGCCUUCGUCCUCCGCCCCCGACUUCUGCCUUCGAGAAUCGAUACCGACCUCCGCCUCUGAGAAUCGAGCUAAACUCUCGCCUCUGCCGCCGGUGUCCACCUUCGAGAAUUGA